AUGGCGAAAGCAACGGCAGCCAAGACGAAGCCGGCAGCCAAGAAGCCAGUCAAGCAGCAGCUGAAGAGCCCGAAAAAGGCAAGGAACACUUCGGCAUCAGUGAACAAGGGCCAGAUCAGUGGUUUCCUGACUGGCAUUAAGUACAAGGCCAACAACCCCAAGGAUCCCCAGACCAGCAGUGCCCAGCAGCUCUUGGAGGCCUAUCACAGCCAGGAUUCUGACGGCAAGCACAAGCUCAUUGCGCGCUACAUGGACGAAGGUGGCAUCAAGAACCUCGCCUGGGUCGCCUCGUACAUCGAGAGCAGCGAGCAGCAGGAGCAGGAGCUCUGCGAAAACAAGAAAGGUUUCAUGACCAGAGAUGAGAUCCUCGGGCUCAAUGGCUUCGUGGUGAAUGGAAAUCUACCAGAAAAGCGAGCAGAGCCCGUGCUGCAGGCCCUUCUCAAGAAGUGCUGGGAAGCCAACGGCUUGGCUGAUGCUGCAGCGAAGGAUCCUUGUGAAUUGAUCCAGAAAGAUGCUGAUGUCCCUGAGCUUACAAUGUACUACUAUGUGAAGACACAGCAACGGGACACAAAUGCCACAGUGAAAAGCAGCAAGCUUGAACAGCAUGCUUCCCUGAAGCAGUCUGGCCUUAAGGCAGUGCUGGACAAGGCCACGGGAUCCUGCGAUGUGAAGAUCGAAUUCCCCGAGAGGAUUGAUGGCAAGAACCAGGGCAGGGUCCUGAAGUCGGGCAAGGAGAAGAUGGAAAAGGAAAUUGGCCAGCUGAAGGAUGCACUGUGCCUGGGCAAGACCCUCAACAAGCCCGAGAUGGAGGGCCUCUUGAAGGAGGGGGAGAAGCAUCAGAUGCAGGCCCAGGAGUUCGUGGAGCAGAAAGCCCGGAAGCAGCUGUCUGUGCUGGCCAGCCUGGAGAAGAACCCCGAUGCCACCGCUGAGCAGUGGCUAGAGCACACGGAGGAUAUGAAGGCCACCUGUGCCAAGGCUCAGGUUCACUGCGAUGGGCUGAAGGCCUUUCGUGCUCGCCUGAAUGUUUGCCUGUAG